UGUUAGUCAUACGUUUACUCCGUCGGAGAGUGUUUCACUGUUCCAAGUCCUUACUCUUCAGGAUACAAAGGCUCUCUCUGCAAAGUGAGACUUUUCUUUGAUUUGAAUACGUUUAAAAGAUUAAAAGAUUUUGCGAGUAUUUAAGAAAAUGUUGGUAGGAAUCCUGGUUACUUUACUCUUCCCAGGAUUUAUUUUGGCUCAAGAUUAUAUAGAUGACUGCAUAGACGUCGCCGGGGCUAAGCAUAAACUCUCAGAGUCUUAUAUAGGUCCAGAUGGAUGCAACAAGUGUAAAUGUAUGCCUUUUGGUAGCGGGUGUACCAAAAAGUUCUGCGACCCAACUGUUGAUAAGGUUGAGGCUGAGGCUAACUUGUGCAUUGAUAACAAUGGCAACAUCCACGAGCCUGGAGAUUCAUAUACACAUGUUGAUGGAUGCAACACUUGUGUGUGCAAAGAAUAUGGUGGAAGAUGCACGCGAAAACUUUGCUUGCAAGAAUCUCGGGAGUUCCUUUCUGUGUGCAAUGAUACAAUUGGAAAUAUUAAAUUUUCUGAAGAAAGCUGGUUAUCAGCUGAUGGAUGUAACAAGUGUGCAUGUGGACCACUCGGGAUAAUUUGCACUAAAAAACUCUGCUUGCGCCAUGACGGGGUCGAAAAAAAAGCAAAAACUGAACUUGGGGAUAUUGUUGACGAAACUGGCGACUCUCCUUGCAGAUUAAAUGACGGAGUAACUAAAUUCCCUGGAGAUAUUUGGCUAACUGAAGAUAGUUGUAACGUCUGCACAUGCACAGGUAUGAAUGGGAAGAUCGAGUGUACUAAAGAAGGAUGCAGGGUUCGACUCUUGAGACUCACAGACCCUGACAAGGCUUAUGGAAGUAAAUCUUCAGUAUUGAAAAUUUCUUUUUUUCUGCAAGCAGCAAUACUUUUCCUGGGUUACAUAUUUUAACUAUCUAUGUAUAGUAAUUAGUAUUAUGAGAUUUUUAUGUAAAAAAACUGCUUUGUUUUUGCUCUUAAGGAAACCCUGUAUAUAAAGGACAAUACGACACGUUGUUAUUUUGCAGUACAAAAGUUCGAGCCAUUGCAUGCAAGGUUUCUUCUGAAGGCAAAAACAAGGUUAACGAAUGAAAUUCCAUUCUUUUUGGAAAUGCUUGAUGCUUUGACUAGUGAAUAUGAAAUAAAUAUUAGCAAAAGAAAAUGAUGUCGUGUUUGACCUUAAUUAUUCUACGUUAUCUAAAAUAAAUUGAAAUAAAACAAGGAUUUCU